CCGUAUUAACGCGGUUGUGUCAGUUAACGAAACAGCUAUGCCGAAGUUUACAUAGUAUUUAUUUGAUCAAAAUUGAACAUGCUUAUCUGUAGAGAUUAAAACGAUAAUUGAUAAGGUUGUUAUAGGUAGUGUAAUAGUGUAAAUGUGUCAAGAUGAAGUAUCGUAAAAAACUAGUGUUAUUUACACUCUUUGCCAUGAACUUGGUCGAUCAGCCGGCGCCCGAGGUCAUUAUAGCGCAAGGGACUUUGAUCGGUAAAACAAGCGCCGAUGGAACUUUUUUUGAAUACAUGGGAAUACCCUACGCUAGCGCAAAUUCAAGUAAUCGAUUUAAGGCACCAUUUUCGGCGCCAUCUUGGGAUGGAAUUUACAAGGCCACAGAAGAAUUUUACUCUUGUCCCCAGAAAACGCCAAUAGGAGUUGUUGGUACGGAAGACUGUCUGAAAAUAAAUGUAUACGUACCAGCAUUUGCCGAGAAACCCCUACCAGUAAUGGUUUACAUUCAUGGAGGGGCCUUCAUACUGGGUAGUGGUGGAAAACUUAUAUAUGCGGCAGAUUUUCUAGUCAAACAUGACGUUAUUGUAGUUACAUUCCACUACAGACUUGGAGCUUUAGGAUUUUUAUGUUUAGGAAUAGAAGAAGCGCCAGGUAAUGCUGGUUUGAAAGAUCAAAUAGCAGCGCUAAGAUGGGUUAAGAAAAAUAUCGCUGCUUUUGGAGGAGAUUCCGAUAAUAUCACUAUUUUCGGUGAAAGUGCCGGAGCUACAUCAGCAGCUAUACUAAUAGCCAGCAAAGCCACUAAUGGAUUAUUCAAUAGAGCAAUUAUACAAAGCGGUAGCUCAGUUACUAGUUGGUCAGUAAAUAGAAAAUCUGUUUGGGUUGCCAGUCUUUUGACAAAAGAACUAGGAUAUAAGACUGAAGACCCACACGAAAUUUAUGAAAUACUAUCGAAGUUGCACUACAAAGAUCUCAUUAAAUUAAGACCAAAGAAACCAUUAGAAAUGUACUUCGACACACAACUUCUACACCUGCCUUGUGUCGAGAGAUCUUUCCCUGGUGUGGAACAAGUAUUGGAUGAUUUGCCAUACAAUUUGAUAUCAAGCAAUCCAAAGAAUAUUCCUGUGAUAUUAGGCUCAAAUAGCAACGAAGGACUAUUUUUAGUCGCUGUGGAAACAGCUGAUACUCUGAAAGAACGUAAUACACAUUAUUUGUUUGCGUCAGAUUUGAAAUUUGACGAUGAAGAUGAAGCAGCUAUGGUAGCUAAAGAAGUCAAAGAAUUCUAUUUUGGAGAAGAGUUGAUCAGUUUGAAAAGCAUUACGAAUGUUUCAAAAAUAUAUACGCAUUUAUAUUUUGAGAUUCCUGUUAUAUUGGAGAGCGAACUUUAUCUAUCUAAUAAUAAUGCUUCUAUUUAUAACUAUUAUUUUGAUUAUGAAGGUGGUAGAAAUUUCUUGAAAGACCGUACAGGGUAUUCGAAAGAAAAAGGAGCAUGUCAUGCAGAUGAAAUGUUUUAUUUGUUCGAUUCAAAAUUUUGGCCUUUUAAAGUACGUAAAAGAGAUCAAAAAAUAAUAGAUUUUAUGACUAAAAUAUGGACAAACUUUGCAAAAUACGGGGAUCCUACGCCUCCGUCUCAAUCAGAUCUACCUAUAAAAUGGACACCUAGUAAUGGAAAUUACCUGAAUUUCCUCUACAUACAAGAUCCGCCGAAAAUGGGCUCUAUUCCUAAUCCAAAAGCAUAUAAUUUAUGGAAAAACAUCUACACGAAGUAUAGAAGAACGAAUUUUCAAGACUAUUUAUAAUAACAUUUUUACAUGCGUUUUUUUAUAUUUUAGUUAAAAAAUUAUCUCUUUUAUAUACAAGGUAUCUCUUUUAUAACAUAUUAUUCAUUUUCAUCGAAACGAAAAUAAAUCUGCAACUUUUUCUACGUUGACAUAAAAAAUCUAUUCUA